GGCUUGAGAGGCUGGUUUUGAACUGGUUAAGGCACUGGGCGACACGUUAAACAAUUUAAUAACCUCGUUCCUGUAAGACUGUAAAACUGAUGAUACAAAAAAGAAUAAUAUUUAAAAAAUUAAAAAAAUGAAUCUUCUACCAAAAACACAUGAAGAAUUCAGUCAGGCAGAAUACUGGAAUACAUUCUUCAAAAAACGUGGCAAAAAAGCAUUUGAAUGGUAUGGCGAAUUUCCAGAAUUAUGUGGAAUACUUUUAAAAUAUAUAAAAAAAAAGGAUGACAUUUUGAUUGUUGGCUGUGGAAAUUCUACAUUAAGCAUGUCUUUAUAUGAUGUUGGUUAUAGGAACAUUAUUAAUAUUGAUAUAUCACAUAUUGUUAUCAAACAAAUGCGUGAUAUAAAUAACAAUACAAGGCCAGAUCUGGUGUAUGAAAAUAUGGAUGCUACACAAAUGACAUAUCCUGAUGAGAAAUUUAGUGUAGUUUUAGACAAAGGCACCUUGGAUGCCUUAAUGCCUGAUACCAAAGAGACAACGAUAUCUACCAUUGAUAGAUAUUUCAAAGAGAUUACCCGAGUGUUACGUAAUGGUGGUAGAUAUAUCUGUAUAUCGCUACUACAAGAGCAUAUUCUACAAAAGCUGUUAUCAUACUUUCCCAGUUCAAACUUUAUGUUUCGCAUAUCGCGAUGUCACGAGGCUGAAUCAAAAACGCGAAUAGAAGAAGGCAGUUCAGUUCCAGUCUUUGUAGUCAUUGCUACAAAGUUUACAAAAUUGCCACAGACUGUUUUGGAAAUAGCUUUGGUUGAUGGCCCACCUGAACGAUUAUCUUCUACGGAGGAUAUGAUGUCUGCUAUAUUGUCUGCACAACAAUCAGCAUUGGUAUGCAAUAGUCUUCACAAAAGGAAUGUCGCCGAUGUGGGAGAAAUAUCACUGGAUUUACAUCGUCCAGGUGAUAAGCAUCCACGGUAUACCGUUUAUGUUCUCGAUCAACCACGCAUGUGUGGAUCUAAAACAUAUGCAGCUUUCAUAGUUCCACAAGGAAAAGAAAUGGAUUGGUUGUUCAGUACAAAGGAAGGACGACAGCAAGUGUUAAAGAGCGCGCAACGAGACAGACUCGCGAUUGUAACUUUGCGCAGAGAACACAAGUUUGAAAAUUGGGAUGCCGUGAAAACUGAAUUGGGAGAUUGCAUUCGUAAUUUAGCGCCAGCUGGCUUGUGUGGCAAGAAUGAUAUUCCCUUUUUGUCUUUGGGUCCCGACGUUGGGGUUCGAAUUACUCGUUACGAAGGAAAGAGCGACAUUAGUGGAUCAUUUAUUGUUGAAGAAGUAAAGAAAGACGAUCAUGAAUUUAGACGGCUUGUGUUUUUGAACAAUCCAUAUGUUAUUCAGAGUGAAGCUAGACUAAAGGAAGCAAUAUCUCGACGUGGUAAAACAAAAAAAGUUGCUGAUCCUGGAUUUUUAGCUUGUGAACAUCACAUAUAUAUGAGUGCUGGCGUGAAUGCAUCAAUAGAUACAAAGAAGCAGGAUGAAAUCGCGAUUAUAGGACUAGGAGGUGGAGGCUUGUGUAUGUUUUUACAUCAUUGUUUCCCUAAAUUAAAAAUUACGGCAGUUGAGAUUGACAAUGCGAUGUUAAAAGUAGCUACCGAGUACUUUAAUCUUAUUCUUGAUGAUAGAAUGAAAGUUGAGAUUGCUGAUGGAAUUCAGUUUAUUAAAGACGCCAUGGCACAUGGGAAAAAAUAUAAAGCAGUACUUUUCGAUAUUGAUAGUAAAGAUACUACUGUGGGAAUGAGUUGUCCACCUAAACAAUUUCUCGAAAUGUCAGUAUUAAAAGCAGUCGCAUCAUGUUUACUCGAAAAUGGUCUUUUUAUUUUGAAUUUGGUUAGCAGAGAUAAGAGUUUGAAACAGAAAACGAAAGAUGAUUUAGCUUCGGUAUUUCAGUCGAUUACUUGUUACACAAUUCAAGACGAAGUAAACGAAAUUGUUAUGUGUGCCGUAGAAAAACAUGAUAUCAAAGAAUGGAGAAACAAAAUUAGACUUGCUUUCAUCGAUUUGAACAAGCAAGCAACUGCGAGAAAAUUAUCUUCUUUCAAAGAAGCUAUUGAUACCUCCACACUUUUAAAAAGUUUAUCUAUAGAAUCGUGAUCGUUUUGUGAACAUAAAUGCAUAUUUUAAUUUAUUUUACUAAAUGAAAUUAAAAGCUUGAUUUAUUUUGUACAUACGCAUUGCGUAUUUUUUGUGUUAUUUCUUUCUUGAUAAGAUUUGUCAGUAUUCGCAAUGUCAAGCUUCUCAAACAUUCUCAAAUUCAUUGAGAGCAAACCACACGUCACUAAUAAAGAACUCACUACGGAAUGUCAGCGUCUGUUGAAUUCACACACUGCUUAUACAGUUAGAGGACAAUUGGGAAUGAAGAAUAAAAAGUUCGACGUACUUUAAGAACUUCAUUAAUAAAACGUCACACAUCAAGAAGUUGAAGAAAAUGAAUGUAAAAUAGUACAUCUUGUUUAAUAAAUUGAAGUAAAUGUUUUAA